AAAAACGCCACUCACCAUCACUAAUCGCUCCAUCCCACAUUAUGGCAACAUUUACUCUUUCUUCUACUUCUUUCACUCCCAAAACCCUAACCCAAACUCACCUUAAACCUUCACUGUCCCUCUUCACUUCCAGACAGUCAUGGGCUCCACCCCCGCCGUUCAACAGGAGGCCGCAACCGCGGCUUCUGAUGACUCGAGCAGCAACGGAUUCCGAUUAUUCCGCGAAAAGGAGUAGCUCUAAUGAGAGUAGAGAGACAAUUAUGUUACCUGGGUGUGAUUAUAAUCAUUGGUUAAUUGUUAUGGAAUUCCCUAAAGACCCUGCUCCUACUAGAGAACAAAUGAUUGAUACCUAUCUAAAUACUCUAGCUACUGUACUGGGCAGCAUGGAAGAGGCAAAGAAAAAUAUGUAUGCAUUCAGUACCACUACAUACACUGGCUUCCAAUGCACUGUUGAUGAAGCAACCUCUGAGAAAUUUAAGGGUUUGCCUGGGGUUCUCUGGGUACUGCCGGACUCUUAUAUAGAUGUGAAAAACAAGGAUUAUGGAGGAGACAAGUAUAUCAAUGGAGAGAUCAUUCCCUGCACAUAUCCUACUUAUCAACCAAAGCAGCGGAAUAAUUCAAAAUAUGAGAGUAAAAGGUAUGAAAGACGGAGAGAUGGCCCACCUCCAGAACGGAGAAGACCACGACAAGGGGCGAAUACAUCACAAUCAUCAUCUGGAUAAGUUCCUAAUUUGGGUUUCAAAGUGGAUGGAAAAUAUUUUUUAGAGCCUUACCCAUGUCUUGGGUGGAUAAUUAUGCACGAUCAUUUGAUUAGAUAUUAGAGAUCUCAUUUUGUGGAGCAAGUCUGUCAGUGCAUAAAUUAUGUAUACAUGCAAGAUAGGAUGAGUAGCUGCAGCUUGAGGAACAUGAAUUCUUGCUGUAUGGAUGAUCCAUGUAGGACCUAUGACUUAUAAAUAAUACGUUAUAAGCUGUAACUGACAUUAUCAUUUUGUGUUCGGUUCCCAAUUAUACUUCUUGUUAGUUUUA